AUGUCUUUGAUUGUGAUAUGGAUAUGUGUAAGUUCGUCCGAUUCGGGAAGACAUAGGACUCCAUUGUUGUCUGAUUUUACUUUCAGUCGACCUUCCCCCACCGCUACUGUCCUUUACUUUUCUUAUUUCAUUUGUCAGUACUAUCCUCUCUACAUAAUUCUUUCCGUCCAUUUGUUUAUCUCACUACGCCAUUUUGUCUUUCUUUCGUUCUCGCUCCCUACCGCUCUCUCCUUCCCUUUCUCCUUCCUUCUCUUUGACCCUCUCUUUCUGUCUGUCUGUCUGUCUGUCUCUGUCUCUCUCUCUCUCUCUUUCUCUCUCUCUCGUUCAGCCCUUCACUUUCUCCGUCUCCCCCUACUCAAAAGCAUACUUACAAUUCCAGUUUAUCACUUUUCUCCUGCUUGUUUGUUUCUUUUCCUAUCAAUUUUGCACACACCCCUCUCUCUCUCUCUCUCUUUCUCUCUCUCUCUCUCUUCCUCCCUGUCCCUCUCUCUCUCUCGCGCACACACACAGACACACACACUUUCUCUCUACCCAUCUUUCUCUCCCUCCCUAUCUCUCUGUCACACACACACACACACACACACGCACAGACGCUCUCUCUCUCUCUCUCACACACACACACACACACACAGACGACACACAUUACUCUAUCUAUCUAUCUAUCUAUCUAUCUAUCUAUCUAUCUAUCUAUCUAGGUAUUUCUUUUUCCCAACAUUGUUCUUUCUUAUUCUUAUAUUCUUUCAUUUUACUAUUAAAUCUUAUCUUUUUCUUAGAAUUUUUCAUUCGCUCUUAUUCUUUUAUAUUCUUUUCAUUCUUUCUUUUUCAAAUAAAGCUUUCAUUUUCUUGUUCAUUUUUUAUUCAGUCAUAAUGUGUAUACUCUUUCUCUUACCUUCUUUUUCUUUUACAAUUACAUCUUUCAUUCGUUUGCUUUUUUUUUCACAUUCUUUCGUUUAA